AUGGAAAGUCAGCAGAACAAACAGCAGGAGUAUCCAGAUCUAACACAGCGAGACUCCAUUUACGGAUGCCCUCGAAGCAGCUCCCGAGAUGGCUCUGAUGAAAGAGGAGGACUACAUAGACGAGAUUUACGAGGAGCCGAUUCUGUCGAUGGACAUGCCGGAGGAAUACGAGGAACCGGAGGCUCAAUGGGAGGAACAACUGCUCUAUAUGACGAAUUAUUUUGCUCGGGGGGAGCCGUCAACAAGCGGGAGGACGACUCCAAUCAGCGAAACUGGUGUCGAGGUUUCAACAAUACUGGUGGAUCGAUGUCAGAGUGGAACAAUCACUCCAAUCCGUCUAACAACACCUACAAUGAGCUCCUGCAGUUCAACGAGUACUUUGACACCGCCGCCACCUCCAAUGACUUGUGGAACGAGCAGCAGCAGCAGCAGCAGCAGCAGCAGCAGUUCCUCAACUCCAGCUGUACUGGGCUCGAGUCCGGAAUCUACGAUUCGCAGUGGAUGGUCGGGCCACACGACCUCGCAUUACAACUCGAGCGAGAGUCAAGAAACUUUUCCGGAGGAUCAACCACCACCGUAUACUCCUCGGGAACGACCUCAAGUGUUUUACCCCCAAGAGCAGAGACUAAUUCGACUCCAGCCGGGUCUAUUAACGAGUGCGUUCAUAACUGGAGCGAUAGGAAUGGCAUGCCUGAUGGUUCUGAUAGUGCUCUUCAUUUGGUGGGUAGCGACCGGAGGCGAGAUUCCACUGGAGGAUUUCUUUUCGACUCUUUAAACUCUCAAUCUUGUACAGCUCCUCCUUCAACGUGUGAUUCUUCAUCUACAAUGCCGAUUUUUACUACUGCUGAUCUUCAAAUGGUCAAUCAAAAUGCCUUAUCUACCCGUAUUUCAUCUGCCGAAACACUCAAAGAAAUUAUUCCUGAAAAGCCAAAAGCCACCUCUCCGACAAGAAAAAGACCUGCGAGUACGUCUCCUGAUUUGCCGAUCGCGCUGCGAAAGAGUCAAAGAAUAAAGCCGCUGUCGUUCCACUUUCGCACUUGGUACAGAUAUUGCCAACAUAUGAAAUCAUUGGUAACGGCUCGAUAUAGUAUAUUCAAGCAGUGUCCUCUUAUGGUUGAAGGCGGAGAACCAUUUCAACCAAAAGCGCUCAAUUGGGUGGACAUUAAACAUCGAUUAAAUGAGUCUACUGGAAUUGGAUCCUUUUUUUCAUUUGCUGCUUUGGAGCGAUUUAUGACUUCAAAUUAUGUUCCUGAACCGAAUCCUCCAACACUGGCCUCCAAAACUGAAAUUAAAAAAGCAGUUUGCUGCAAACUGCGGCAUCCUACUACGCGAAUUUGUCAUAAAAGUUCAAAAUUUGACAAAUGUGGAAAAAUGAUCAUCAAUCCUGAUUCUGUUUACGUUUUGCCCCAGCUUCAACAAAGAUCUGGACAAAUUGCUCAGAUAGAAUUUUGGACGGUUAUUCUUGGCUUGAAAUUUUAUCGAAGUUGCGAGGUCGGAGGCCGUAAAGACGAUAAUAACUGGCGACUUUACUCGCGAUUAAAGAGGACUGCUAUUCCGUAUAAAAAUAAUGCCGCUGAUGAUGUUGAUUUUCAUUUUGGGACUGACAUCACACACGAUUAUCUGGGGCUGCUAAAGACGCUUUGCGACACAACUUAUCUCGACACAAAAUUAAAAAUGGUUUCAAAUGGCUUCGUGGGCAAUGCAGAGUUUGAUACAAAGUCUCUUUUUGACAGCGACUUUUUUCGGUACUUGAUGUUUCUCGAUUCAGCUGGGAGCUCACUUUAUCCAGAUGCAAAAUUUGCAGGACUCGACGACGAUAGUUUCGAUCAUUUGGCGCAUUUUCAAAAGAUUCCCAACGACAUCAAGAAAAACGCGACAGUAAAUGGGCCACUGGGUCGCCACUUUGGAGAGUUUAACGAAUGGAACCAAAGAACAAAAAAAUUUAUCUGCGCAAUGAAUCGACUCUUUCUUUAUCGAGACGAAUACAAAUUUACGAAUGUUGCUGCCCUAAUUCUCAUUAGAAAAUUUCUCGCCGAAUGGGCAGAAGACGAAAGAUACAAGUAUCAGGAUGCGUUUCAAAUGUGUUGGGAUGAGCGAGUACUACAAAACACAAAACAUAUUGGCACUGCUGAAACUCUACGCCAUAAAGAAACCAGAAACAGAUAUAGAUGUGCACAAAGCAACGCUCGCAGUUUUGUCAAUUCUGGAUUUGAUAAAACUAUCCAUACUAUGAUUUCCCGUUGUUUGGCCUUGUAUUGCGAGCUGGUGCUGAAUGGAAGUUUUGGCGAUUGUGUUGAGAAUAGGAUCUCCGCAUUUAUGAAAGAAAAACAUCUGCUUGAAUACUACGAAAAUCGAGCGGCCAAAUUCAAAGAGACGGUUAAACAAUCGGGCUAUUACAGCGCGGGGCAGUUUAUCAUGUAUUCGAAAAAGAAGGGUCCACGAAACCCGAUACCCGUCUACGACAAUGUCGAGGAGAACGACUCUGUGGGUAUAAAAAUCACCACCGGAGAAAAAUCUUCACUCAUUUCUAAAAAACAGGCGGGCAAGACGGAUGAGCACUCAGUCAAUGCAUCCGAUAACAACUGCACUGAUGGAGUUGCCGCUGGAAACGCCGAUCAGCCGCCUAAAGCUGAUCAACAAGUCUCAAAGUCAGAUGAUGAAACGCAUCGUAGAGAAGAUUCGACGGUUCUUUCACAAUCAAACGGAAAAACAAGAGCACCAGCCGAUUGUGACUCAAUCACCGGAGACCUGAUCGAUUAUCUUCUGAGCAAUUAA